AUGGGCCUCUCGCGCGGCCACAGUCCGCGCCUGCGCUGCACGGAGGUGCAGAUACCCGUGAUUCUGAACGUGUACAGCCUGAUCGAGAGCAACAAGAGGCUGUCCAAGGUGGGCAUGGGUAUCUUCCACACAGGCGUUGUCGUGUACGGUAUCGAGUGGGGCUUCGGCGAGGUGGUGGAUAACCCCAACGCUUCCGGGUUGUUUUGCGUCCCACCUGGGCAGGCCGCCGGCACCCUCUACCGCACCAUCCGAAUCGGCCACACCACCCGAUCGCCCAUGCAGGUGGACACCAUCCUGCACCGACUCGAGAACGAAUGGCGCAGCAGCGAGUAUCACAUCCUGCACCACAACUGCAACCACUUUGCCCAGGCCUUCUGCGACUUACUGAGCACCACAGAGAAACUACAGGUGCCGUUGUGGUGUAACCGCGCCGCGCGCGUCGGCGACCGCGUCAUCCCACGGCGGCUAGCGACCAAGGUGCAGCACAUUAUGGACAGCGAGACGCCAAAGGCGCCACCGCCGCCGGCGCCGACAUCGAAGGUCAACGAGGUGCCUACAUCGGUGGUGCCGCACGAGUGGUACCUGAACCCCAGCAUCUUCCAACCGCCACGGUACAUCGACGAGAGCAAGCCACCCUCUGUGGGCAUCGAAGAUGUGCACAGUGGCACGCCCCCAGAGGCAACCGUUGGCGAGGGCGGUCCUCACCACAGCGUCGAGUACAGCGUUGUACCACAGCCGGGCUGCGAGCUGGCCGACGCCGGUGGCGUGCGCCCGCCCACCACCUGGCACGAGUCCUGCUGCAACACAGAUGAGAACGGCAGCAUCACGCACAUGGUGGCUAUCGAGGAGCAACCCUCACUCCCCUCGUCUUCCCGGCGCGAGUCCGCGCGUAAGUCGACCGCAUCUCGCCGCACGGCCAAGUCCACGCCAAAACGUAGUCCGCCACCGUCGCUCAGUAUCGCCUUCAGCAGUGGUGGGGAAGACCGCGUGGUGCUGCCGUGCGUGCGGGCCUCGACAAGCCAGCCAUACAGCGUAGUGCCAACCGGGUCGCCGCAGGUCUCGGAGCUUAGCCAGGAUGUAGAGAACCUCCCCCACAGUGAAACGAGCGAGGAGCCGUUACCGCUCAUCGUGUCGCACUUGCCGAUGAUUCAGUCGCCCAUCUGCGACACCGCCAACCCGCGAAAAGUGACACCGUCGGGCAGCAUGACAAACCGGUCUCGCGGUGUAUGCCUUGAGGAGCAGCAAAGCCAGAAGCAGCAUAUUGAGAGCUACUCGAAGAACGAGCACACAAACGCGUCCUCGAAGAAGCCGCUAAGCACGAUGCGUGACUCGUCCAUGCAGUUCACCAGCGCGGCGCUGUCCGAUCAAGAAGACGCCUCGGCACAGCCACCGUCUUCGUCCCUUUUGGCAUCGCAUGCCCUGGCGGUUGGCUGCAUUAUGAGCUUGUCGCCUACCCCACCGAGCCAACCACCCGAGGAAGUCACUUGGCGCAGCAGCGACGUGAUGGCAGUCAAGCACGACGUCAGCACUGAGCUCACAAAUAUGUCAAGCGAGGUGAGCAACAAUCCGAAGGGCAACCUCGCGCCAGCCAAGCACAGCAACCCAAAGGAGGAGCGGAACCGAGGAAACAAGCCGGAGAACGAGUUCAGCGACAUAACUACUGCGCUGGUCUGCGAUGCAUCCCUCCCAUCCACCACCGCCACAACAUCACCGGAGGCCGUCAAGCGCAAGAACAGCUCAGUGUGGAAGUUUCUCAAGAGCCAGUGUGGUCUCUCGAGCCAUGCUGGAAGCGAAAAGGCGGCCCGCAAGUACCUCUCCACCCUACCGCCGAGUGACAAGGUAUCCUUCCUCAGCGACGGAGGCCCUCACGUUGACGUCGUCCCCACGUCGCCGGCAAGCUCGGCGCCGUCCUCAUCCUCCUCACUUCUACAGCGGGAGGCGACUCACAAGGAGGAGGCCUCGGUAGUUGCUGAUAGCGUCGCCGUCGCUGAUCCUGCCGCAGAUGCAGCGAUGGUGCAGGGGUGGGAGAGGGACCACACGCACGUGCUCCCAUCCGCCGCAGCAGUCCUUCCGUCGUCGCCCCAUAGUAUGUCUCUCAUCUUAGAAGACAAGGACAACGGGCAUGACGCUAUACCGAACGAAGUGCAGGAUGCGAACGACACGGUACCGACGCCGACAACUCCUGCACAGCAGAACGUGCGCGUCAUGCCGGGCCUGGGCGGCGGCUCGCCAGCGUCAACAACAGUGCUGCAGCAGUCAUCCGGUCACGAGUCGACACAGCUCCCGCUGAACCGUCAUCCGUCAGGUGCAGAGAGCAUUACGGAGAUGUUGCGAGAGCCUCCUGAGCGGCACCUGUCGCGCAGCGAGACUCCAUCUGCGCAAGGCGGUGCACCUUCGCCUGUGCGUCUGCAAGAUCUGAGUCUUGCAACAACAGCGUCGCAGCCCAUGGACAGUUCAGGACUUCAGCUCUCGCCCUCCGUUGUGACGCCAGAGCGACCUGACAUCAUCGCGAACAGCGAGGCUAUGACGACCGGCUGCUCGCCUGCCGUGGCGCAUCAGCAAGGCCGGCGCGGCAGCUCGUCGGCUGCGAUGAGCGACACACCGCCUCCGCAAAGGGAGCAGAGCCAGAUGCCCAUCCCCGUUACUCAAAAGCAAAGCUGCAGUGACGAGAACGUGGCACCCGCGAUUCAGCUGUACUUGAGCAGCGACGAGCUGGAGACACCGGUGGGCUGCAACAGCAGUUAUCUCAGUGGAACAGCGGAGAGAGCUGGUACACCGUUGACGGCCAAGACGGCACACACGCCGAUGGAGCCAUUCUCGUGUCGACCUCCAUCGUUGUACCGAGAGAAAGCUGCGACGGAUGAUGGUCGAAUCAGCCAGAGCACAUCCAGCGACGGCAGUCAAGCCGCUCUGACAGAGCAGCAUAGCCGGAACACCGAGCUGGAGGACCUCGUCAACUUCCGCUUGACGCAGUCGGAGAGCGCCCCAAAACUGGAUGCGAAACGGCCACCUACUCCGCCCCCUCCCUCCCUCCCCCCCCAUGUGACACCCAGUGAGUGA